UAUUUCAUCAGGAGCUUCCGCUUCCGCAGGAAGCCGGGUGAGGCCGCUCUUUCCUCUCGGCUCGGUGGAGAUGCAGUUUACCCGCGGGUUGUCAAGGAGUCCGUGGUUGCACAGCUGCCAGCGCUUACUUAGAAGCCUGCUUGGAGGUAAUGGCUGAGAAGCUGGACCCUGAUGCCCUGUCCGAAGGUUCCGAGCCACUUUUUUCCUUUGGAGUUAUAGCAGAUAUUCAAUAUGCUGAUUUAGAAGAUGGAUUCAAUUAUCAAAGAAGCAGGCGGAGGUACUACAGACACAGUCUCAUUCACUUACAGGGCGCCAUUGAAGACUGGAAUAAAGAAAGCAUCCUGCCCUGCUGUGUGCUCCAGCUUGGAGACAUCAUCGAUGGCUACAACGCACAGUAUAAAGUAUCGGAAAAGUCUCUAGAAGUUGUCAUGAACACAUUCAAGUUACUUAAAGCCCCCGUUCACCACACAUGGGGAAACCAUGAAUUCUAUAACUUCAGUAGAGACUUCUUAACGAACUCUAAACUUAACAGCAAGUUUCUAGAAGACCGAAUUGUGCAGCAUCCUGAGACCAUGCCAUCAGAGAACUAUUAUGCUUAUCACUUUGUACCAUUCCCUAAAUUCCGGUUCAUUUUACUUGAUGCUUAUGACCUGAGUGUCCUGGGCAUAGAUCAGUCUUCUCCAAAAUAUGAGCAGUGUAUGAAGAUGCUGAGGGAACACAACCCAAAUGUGGAGUUAAAUAGUCCCCAAGGACUUUCUGAGCCCCAGUAUGUCCAGUUUAAUGGAGGAUUCAGCCAAGAGCAGCUGAACUGGUUGAAUGAAGUUCUUACGUUCUCUGACCUGAACGAGGAAAAGGUGGUGAUCGUGAGCCAUCUUCCCAUUUACCCAGAGGCCUCUGACAGCGUGUGCCUGGCUUGGAACUACAUGGAUGCCCUGUCAAUCAUAUGGUCUCACAAGUGUGUGGUGUGUUUCCUUGCCGGUCACACACAUGACGGUGGUUACUCUGAGGAUUCUUUUGGUGUGCACCAUGUCAACCUUGAAGGAGUUAUUGAAACAGCUCCAGAUAGCCAGGCCUUCGGCACAGUUCACGUCUACCCUGACAAAAUGCUUCUGAAAGGGAGAGGCAGAGUUCCAGACAGAGUUAUGAACUACAGAAGGGAGCAGGUUGUGUGUUUGUAGCCUAUUAUCUUGCCUGUCUUUGUAGAAAGAGAAUAUUGCUGUUUUGUGUUUACUCAAUUGCAUAAAAAGUUAAACUCUCACUGGGGGUGGUGGCGCACGCCUUUAAUCCCAGAGCUUGGGAGGCAGAGGUAGGCAGAUCUCUGAGUUUGAGGCCAGCCUGGUCUAUAGAGUGAGUUCCAGGAUAGCCAGGGCUAUUAACACAGAGAAACCCUAUCUUGAAAACAAACAAAAAAAGCUAGAUUCUCAGUCCCUUUCUUAAGUAUUCUGUUUGUGUACAAAAUGAAUUUGUGGCUUUCAAUAUGUGUGAGUGAGGAUGAAAUUCAGAAGUGUUGUUUUUAGACAACAUAUCCAAGCCCCAACAGCUAGACCUAAAGUAAACCAGGAAGGAGACUCACGGGCAUAUAGUCUGAUAAGGGACUGUAUGCAGCCUAAUUUGAAUUUCUUCUUUUUUGUGCAAGGAGUGUGUGCACUUGUGUUAACUCUAGAGCUUCAUACAUGAAAGCCCAGGCAAGUCUGCCUUGCUUCCCCGCUGUGUGGACCAUUUUAGUUCAGAACACCUAUACUUAGAUAAAGGUGACAUUCCUGUUCUCUGAAGAAAAACUGAGAAGUUAUUUCAGUGAAAGCAUGGUGCUUCCAUCUCAGAAGGGCCUUCAGGAAAGUGCUAAGUAACACGAGGACCAAGUGCUGAGUGCCGGCUAGCCUGCUCUGUUUGAAAUACCCAGUACUCUGUGGGACCACACCCUAUAAAAUGGUUUAUUUUUUACUUCUUCUCUAGACAGAUGGAGCCCAUUUAACUCCAUUUUUGCUUGUAUCAAAGCUUAUCUGCAGAAAGUCUUGACAGCAAACAGACCAAUGGAUGAGUAGAGUUGAUUCAAGGCUGAAAAAUAGAAAUAGUAGUCAAUGUAAGUACCUGUGAAGUGCUUACCAGAAGACAGGUACAUUUUCUGUGACUGCUCCGGUGAAUUCUUGGCAUAGGUGCUGACCCACCACGUGUAUUUGUUCUCAGGUCAUUCUAAAGGUCAGGAUUCUGAAACCAUUUCAUCAGGCUGCAAACAAAGUGUUUGUUGGUGGGAUGCUCUGGGCAGAGUCCCAUUUCUUACCUCUUCCAGCCUCUCCAGUCUAAGCUCCUGUCCAUGUCAGGAUUCAGGAUUCUUUCUUUUCUUUUCUUUUUUUCUUUUUUCUUUUUGUUUUUUUGAAACAGGGUUUCUCUGUAGCUUUGAAGCCUGUACUGGAAAUAGCUCUUGUAGACCAGGCUGGCCUCCAACUCACAGAGAUCCGCCUGCCUUUACCUCAUGAGUGCUGAGAUUAAAGACAUGUGCCACCACCACCAAGCUCCAUGUCAGGAUUCUUGAUCUCAUGUGCAAAGUUCAUGUCACAGCGUAAGGCCACAGGGAUCGUGACUCUACCCAGCUGGCCACAGCAUGACUCAUGUGUUCCUGUGUACACUGAUGUCACCAGGAUGCAAAGAGACAUACAAACACAAGUACAAAUUGAGAAAUUGCCCACCACAUAUAAAAGGACGAAAAAUGUGGAAGAGAAACUUGAAUUUAAUUUAAAGAGAUUAGGGAUGACAUGGGGGGAAAAAAAGGAAAGAAAAAUGGUUUGGAUGGGUGGGGAAGAUGAGUGAGUGAGGGCUGGAGAGCUAAGGCCUAGGAGGAACUCUUAGUUGCUGAGCUGUGGGUGUGUCUAGAGAGCAAACUGUGAUGGGCAAGCAUAGGAAAAGGGAGAAGACUGUGGGGCUCUAGGGAAACAUUCUGAGAACUGGAAUGUUUAAUCUGUUAUUGAUUCUUAAACGCAGUAGAAAAAUAGAGUGUAGUCUUUACCCCUCGUGUACCAGUGGCUGCCCUCUCAGUAUCAUUUCUGAAGCCAGAAAGUUCUUCCUGUGCCAUUCAGACCGAUGAUAGGUCAAAACUAAGUAUAACUAGCAGAAAUCCAGAAAUAUCGAGGUACAGAGAAGAUUCCAGGCCAAAGUUUGAUGCCCACUAUUGGUUAUGGGAAGGACAAGGAAACAGCACUGGCCAGUGGUUUUUGGAAGUCCUGGUCUGGAAGUGCCCCUGAUAAACAGCAAGUGUCUCUGUGCUGAGAUCAUUCAGUCUUGCCUCCAAGAACUGCAAAAACCCUCAUGGAGAGAGUAGUGUAACUGACCAGCAAGACCACCCAAAGCAGGUUGCACAGCACAGAAAAUGGACUGACGGUUCCCAUACACAUCUUAUUUAUACUGAAAUAAAACCAUAAAUACUCAAAGAAGAGGAAGUUUAGCCUCCAUGUUGGCUAGCCUUAACUACAAUGACCUGCCUAAAAAUAAAUAAAAACUAUUCCAUGGGUAAGGACCAAAGACAAGUACAGACCAAAAGUAGGAGGCAUAGAUGCUGGGAAUGGCCUGAGUCUUACGAGACCUCAAAUCUCAUCCCCAGUGACAGCUUCCUCCAGCCAUGCCACAUGUUCUAGCUACCCAAAUAGGACUGCCACCUGGGGACCAUCCAGGUAUAUGGGGGCUGUUCUCAUCCAAACGUCUGGUUAUGGAGUUUCAUUCCAGCCUAGAUAAACUAGGCUAAUUAAACAAUCUAACACACUCAAGCAGUCACACUUUAAAAAGUAAAUACAGGACUGGAGAGAUGGCUCAGUGGUUAAGAGGACU